CAGCACCACAAACAUGUCCCGCUCACUCUUGUAUUUUGUAGCAUUUGUGUCAUUACUUAAGGGUUCCAAUGCAGCUCAAUGACGAUGAUGACUGCCCAAUGCUGGUCGACGCUGGGCUGCUGAGCCUUCCCUCACCCAAUACGCCUGCCCCGUCUGCGUCCACUGCUUCCACUGCUUCAACUGCUUCAGCGACUUUAACGUCAACGCAUUCGUCUUCUGUCGCUGCGGCGUCCAGAGUGCCUGUUACCAUCAUCACGGGCUUCCUCGGCGCUGGCAAGACCACGCUGAUCAAGCGCUUGCUCACGGACGAUCAUAAUCGACGCAUUGCUGUGAUUGUCAACGACUUUGGAGACACAUCCGAGAAUAAUAACGAGAAUCUGGAGGCCCCAUUGACUGUCGGCGAAAAUGGCCAAUUGCUGACAGACGAAUGGAUGGAACUCCGGAACGGCUGCAUGUGCUGCUCGUCCAAGGACGCUGGCGUGUCUGCCAUCGAGAAACUCAUGGAAAAGAAGGGACGCUUUGACCACGUUCUGCUUGAAACGGCGGGACUCGCCGACCCUGGGCCGAUUGCUGCCAUGUUUUGGAUUGACGACGAUGUGGAGAGCACCUUGGCUCUCGACGGCAUUCUCGCAGUGGUGGAUGCCCAGCGCUGUCUCCAACAGUUGGCACAAAGUCCGUCCACUUCUACAUCGGCCAAAGGCUCUUCUGCAGAUGUGGCUCGACCACAGGCAAUCAAUGAAGCCGUACGGCAGAUUGCGCUUGCCGACAGAAUCAUCCUCAACAAGACCGAUCUCGUUUCGCCCGAAACGCUAGCACAAGUGCUCGACGCCAUCACCAUCAUCAACUCUGCUGCCACUGUCAUUCAUGCUGUUCGAUCCGUCGUUCCCGUGGACUUUGUGCUUCGUGGCACGGCUGAUUUCGAUCCCGACAUGCAGGCGCAGCGUGUCGCGGCGCUCGAGUCCUCGCUCAAGCACAGCCUGACCCAUGGUGGAGUGCACGCCCCCAACGCUGAUGGCACUAGCGCGUCGGCUUUCUCGGGAGUUUCGACUGUCACUUUGGAGUUUGAUGCCUCGUGCCCCGUGCUAUCACUUUCAAACUUUCACCGCUGGAUUCAGCUUUUGUUGUGGGAGCAGACGUUGCACGUCCAGUUUCCACAGUUUGCCACUCACGUGGAAGAGCACGACGACCAGGACUGCGAAUGCACAGACCAUCAUCAUCACGGCCACGGUCAUGGCCAUUCUCAUUCUCAUGAGCAACACCGAGCAGCACCUCUCGUCGAGCAGCAGCCACCAAUGGAGAUUCUUCGAUCCAAGGGCAUCAUCUAUCAACUCGAUUCCCCUGUUCAACUCACCCUCCAAGGUGUGUGCGAAACCUACGACGUUCAACCCGGCCUCCCUUGGCGGGACUCGCUCACCAAAGCCACGCGUUUGGUGAUUGUCGGACGGUAUCUGAAUCCUACUUUGUUGCGUCAGAGUUUUGUUGCCAUGUGCUGCACAAAGUAAUCGAGAUAGUUAACGCAAGGUGCUCUCAAACAAAAAAAAAUCAUUGUGUUUUGAAC